AUGUCGACUCUCAGUGCUACGUCCGAGGGUACUGAGCCAGAGGGUGCUGCAACUGACCGUGCUGCACUUGGAGGCGCUCCCUCCUCACAGCAGCUGCGGGAGUGGUACUUGCAGUACUGCAGCCUCAGGAGGGGCGCUUCUGGAGCCAAGGGUGCUGCUGGAGCUGGUGCUCGUGGUUCCCCUCCUCGUCGGGAGCCGCCCUCUGCCCAGCGGCUCCGAGAGUGGUACGCUCGGCGCUGCAGUCUCCGGAGUGGCGCUACUGGUGUCGCGGACCCUGGAGCUGGAGCUGGUACUGGUGCUGGUGCUACUGACGCUGGAGCUGCUGGAGGCACUGCUGGCGCUGGAGGCACUACUGCUUCUGGAGGUGCUGCUGGCGCUGCUGGAGCUACUGGAGGUGCUGGAGCCUCUGGUCCUGGAGGUGCUCGUACAUGCGGUACUGGAGCUGCUGGGAUUGGGGGUUCUGCUGGAGCUGGAGCUGCUGGAGGUGCUGCUGGUGCUGGAGCUGCUGGUGGUGCUGCUGGAGGUACUGCUGGUGCUGGUGCUGCUGGAGGUGCUGCUAGUGCUGGAGCUGCUGGUGGCACUGCUGGAGGUGCUGCUGGUGCUGGUGUUGCUGGAGGUGCUCCUGGUGCUGGAGGUGCUAGAGCUGCUGGAGCUGCUGGUGGUGCUGCGGGAGUUGUAGCUGGAGACUCUGGAGCUGAGGGCACUGGUGCUGUCUCUGCUGGUUCAGGAGGAGCUGCGCGGCCGCGGCCGUACUACGUUCCGCUCCUUCAGCAGGUUCUUGGCCUCCCGCCCUCUCCUAGUCCUACUCCUCCCCUACCGAGUCCACCGCCUGUCCAGUCGCAGUCACAGUUACAGCCAGUCUCUCCGCUGCCUGGUCCUUCUCCUUACACUGCGCCGACGAGUAGUCUUACGGAGCGUCGUGAGCCUGAGUCUCGUCCUCCGUCACCUGAGUCUCGUCCAGAGUUGCCUGAGUCGCGUCCAGAGUCGCCUGUCCGCGCUGUCCACACUGGUCGUCGUGCUCCGCGUCAGCGUCCUCCUCCUGUCCUUGGCACUCACUAUAUGACCCUGCGUCCUUCCACUUCUCCACAGCGUGUCCCUCUGCCGUCUCCUCCUGCGUCCUCUCUUCCUGACGUUGCUGACCCAACGUCUGACUCCCUUCGUGCUGCCAGUCCUACUGUCACACGUCUCCUCGCCACUGCUGUCACUGACCCUUCCUUUGAGUCCUCUGCUGCGUCUGCUCUAGUCGCUGAGCUUGUUGACUUUGCUGCCGCCUGUCGUCUAGACUACGCUGCUAGCCUUGUUGCUGAGUCUGAGUCUGUCUGUCCUCCGUCCGUCGGGGGUGAGUGUACUCUUCGUACGGACGUCCUUGAGGACAGACAGGAGGAGUUUGAGUGCUUUGCCGCUGCUUUACCUCAUAUCGUGUCCAUGCUGAUUGCCCCUGAGGGAGACCCGGAUGCACCAGACAUCCCGACCCCGCGCUCUUACGCAGAGGCGAUAGAGGGUCCCUACUCUUCUCAGUGGCAGACAGCCAUGGACGCAGAGAUGGCUUCCUGGAAGUCCACAGGCACCUACGUCGACGAGGUUCCCCCACCUGGGGCGAACAUCGUCAGUGGUAUGUGGAUUUUCAGGGUGAAGCGGCCGCCGGGUUCUCCGCCUAUCUUCAAGGCGCGUUACGUUGCACGAGGCUUCAGUCAGCGAGAGGGAGUUGACUUCUUCCAGACCUUCUCCCCGACCCCGAAGAUGACCACUCUUCGGGUUCUGCUGCACGUCGCCGCUCAGCGUGACUACGAGCUCCACACUCUUGACUUCAGCACUGCGUUCUUACAGGGCAGCCUGCACGAGGAGAUCUGGCUGCGCCGCCCACCUGGCUUCACUGGGUCGUUCCCUCCUGGUACCCAGUGGAGCCUCCGGCGGCCAGUCUACGGUCUCCGCCAGGCACCCCGUGAGUGGCACGACACACUGAGGACUACUCUUGCUGCUCUUGGGUUUGCUCCUUCUACUGCUGACCCGUCGCUGUUUCUACGCACCGACACCACUCUGCCGCCGUUCUACGUUCUCGUGUACGUAGACGACUUGGUCUUUGCUACUGCUGACACUGAGGCUCUCGCCCACGUGAAGUCGGAGCUGCAGAAGAGACACACGUGCACAGACCUGGGUGAGCUGACAAGCUAUCUUGGCUUGCGGAUCACCCGGGACAGAGCACAGCGCACCAUCACCUUGACUCAGUCACACAUGGUGCAGCAGGUCCUUCAGCGCUUCCGCUUCACGUACUCCUCGCCUCAGCCCACUCCUCUGCCUACCGGUCACUCACUCUCAGCUCUGCCUUCGAAUGAGUCCGUAGAGCCGAGUGGCCCGUAUCCAGAGCUUGUGGGCUGCCUCAUGUACCUGAUGACCUGCACUCGACCUGACCUUGCAUACCCUCUUAGCAUCCUAGCACGCUAUGUCGCUCCUGGCCGUCACCGGAAGGAGCACAUGGAUGCCGCUAAGAGGGUGUUGCGCUACUUGUGCAGUACGUCGGGCAUGGGGCUUGUGCUUGGAGGACGGACUCGGGUUGUCCUCACAGGGCACUCAGACGCUUCUUGGGCUGACGACCAGGCUACUCAGCGGUCGUCUCAGGGUUACACCUUCAGUCUUGGCUCUGGUUCAGUCUCUUGGCGUUCUACACGCUCGUCUUCAGUUCUCAGCUCCAGUUGUGAGGCUGAGAUCUACGCCACAGCCAUGGCUGCACAGGAGUUACGCUGGCUCACCUACCUGCUGACCGACCUGGGAGAGCGGCCUCGUUCUCCUCCAGUGCUGUACGUCGACAACAAGGCCGCCAUUGCCUUGUGUCAGGAGCACAGACUGGAGCACAGAACGAAGCCCAUCGCUCUGUGCUACUUCCUUGCUCGAGAGUUGCAGCAGCGUGGUCAGCUUCGUCUUGCGUACGUGGCCACUCGGGCCAACACUGCUGAUGUGUUCACCAAGGCGCUUCAGCCUUGUGAUCAUCAGCAUUUCUGUACUGUUCUCGGCCUUGUGCCUACUGUCCCUCACUUGCUCACUGUCCCUCACCAAGGAGCAGCCUCGAACUUAUCGAAGGUUGACAGUAUCAUCUGCGCCCUCCACACUCCACAUGAGCUCCCCCCUCGUAAGGUUCAGGUGCCCCUUCAGGGCUGCUAUGGCGGGCUGCUGUGGCGGGCUGCUGUGGCGGGCUGCUGUGGCGGGCUGCUGUGGCGGGCUGCUGUGGAGAAGCUCCCAACCCACUGA